UGAACCUUUGCGCACCCGGAAAUUCAAAGUCGCGGGUAAACAGAAGAAAAGCAAAAUGUCUGAUAACGUAUCUUCGAACGCAAAUACCAGCGAAGAAGAUCCUGGUGUUUCAAUGAUCGACAUCUUAGCAGAAGAAGAACGUCUUACGGCCGACGCACACGCUGUCCUAGGAGAUAGUGAUGAUAAAAACUGCACUUACUCGAGGGGAUAUGUUAAUCGUCAAGCUCUCUAUGCCUGCCAGACAUGCUCUUCGGAAGAUAGCGGACCAGCUGGCGUGUGUUUAGCAUGCAGUUACGAGUGUCAUGAAGGCCACGAAUUAGUGGAACUCUACACCAAAAGAAAUUUUCGAUGUGACUGCGGUAAUAUCAAGUUUCCUGGGUUCAAGUGUAAACUGUACGAGUUCAAAGAUGAAGUGAACACAAAAAACCAGUACAACCAGAAUUUCAAAGGCUUGUACUGUACGUGUCACAGACCCUAUCCAGAUGAAGAGAAUGAUGUUGAAGAUGAGAUGAUUCAGUGUAUUAUAUGUGAGGACUGGUUCCAUGGCUUGCACCUGGAAUGCCCCCCUCUGGACAACUACGAUUUUGAUGAAAUGGUCUGUUCCACUUGUAUGAAGAAACUGGAUUUCUUAUGGGCAUACACAGUGUCAUCUACAGCAACCACGCUAAAAACAGAGAAUGGUCAUGACAUUUGCGUAGAUGUAGGCGAGACAUCGGAAAACAUUGACAUUCCAUCUAACAAUCGAGGUGAUGAGGAAAAAUCUCAGAAUGUGACAGCUGGAGCAGAAGUAGCUACGAGUGAAGAGGAAAUUCCUUCCACUACUGAAGAGACAUCGGUUUGCAAACUUGAAGAAUUACAAAAGAGGGAGAUAACUGUUCCAGAUACUAAUGCCUUCUGGCCUAAAGGAUUUAGAUCAAAACUGUGUAGAUGUCCUCAGUGCAUAGGGAUGUAUGAAAACAAGGGUGUGAGUUUCUUGCUGGAUGUCAGUGAUACGGUUCACGCCUACGAGGAGCGAGGGCGACUGAAGGCGGGGCCAGCCUCUCGGGAUGCCCAGGAGAUUGAAGCCUUGUCACAGAUGAAUCGAGUUCAGCAAGUUGAAGUCAUCUUAGGAUAUAAUGAUCUUAAAUCGGAAUUAAACAAUUAUUUGAAGAAGUUUGCUGAAAAUGGAAAGAUCGUCAGGGAAGAGGAUAUUCGAGAAUUUUUCGAGGACCUGAAUGCAAGAAAGCGACGGAAGGUUGGAUCAGGGGUGCAGUACCUCUGCAAGUGAAAAAAUCCCUGCAUUCUCUGAGAUGAAAAGCAAACGGCUGUCAUUUGACUUCUGUGUUAGAGAUGAUCAUAACCGGAUUCUGUUACAAUUAUAAGAUGCAUAAAGAAAAUAUCUGCACAUCUGAAAGAAAUCAUGUAUGGAUAAAAAAGAAGAAAAACCUCCAGUUUAUAGGUCUGUCCGAUUAACAUGAAAAUUUAAAACUUUUAUUCUUGAAUUUUUAAUGUUCAAAUUCUGUUCAAUAGAUUUUUAAAAUGUUACAUUGGAAUGGACUAGUAUUUUAUAACCGUCAGAUGAUCAUGUUUUUAAGCCAUAAAAUGUCUCAACAAAUUGUCAUUCAUAAGAUUUAAAUGGAUAUUGUAUCAACAGGGCUUCUAGAUUAUGGUAACCCCACUCCCAUGGCUUAUGAUAUUCAAUGUUGGGCUAGUAAAUAACUACUAUUGCCAUGCCCAACGGCUAGUGAAUUAUUUUUGGUCAAAUGUUGCAGUUA